GCGCCAUGAAGCAAGUGAUCAAGCUAGGCGCCAUCGCUGUUCUCGUCACCGCGCUGUGGCUCAGUCUACUCCUUCGAUCUGAUCUACCGGAUCCCGUAGCAAAAUUCGUUCCUUACCUCCCAAUUCUCGCGAUUUUUGCUUUGGGUUGCUAUGGCGUCGUGAUGGUUGCUUAUGGACUCCUGGUUUUUCCAUCGUGUCCCAAGGAGGCGAUUCUACUACAACAGGAUAUCAUCGAGGCAAAAGAUUUUCUUGAGAAGAAGGGGAUCGUUUUUUAGUAGUGGAGCGACAUGUGUUCUAACAGUCCGGAAACUUUGGUAUAACCUUUUCAAUGCUUUCAAGGAAACGAAUUUUUUUUUCUUCCUACUUCGUUGUCUAAGUACUUGGUGAUUGAAUUUGAUCUAGACAGCAAAGCAAAACGAGUGUGGAUCAUGCAGCGCAUACACUGAUCGAUCUACCUGUCCCUCACAAGUUUUGGAGGUGUUGAAAGCACUAGAAAACUUCGUCGGUUCCCCUUCCUCCUCGAACCAAGCAGAGAAGACAGAGAGGGCCAGCUCCGGUGCUCGCAUUCAUCGCUCCCCGUGCUUCUUCCUCGUCUUACACAACACUUUAGUCGUGCGAAAUGGGGCUUUCGAUGGGGAAACGCGCUUUCCACGAUUAAGGUGUGAAGGAAACGAAAAUCAAAUUAAAGGAGGAGACCGAGGAGAGUCAAGAGUCAUCGACAGCGAGCGAUCUUUUGAGGUGGCAACUGGGGCUUUUGCUGACCGAGUCGGCAUCGCAUCAAAGGUUUGGAGAGGGCGCGAGAUUCCGUCAAGACUUCUCAGAGCAGCGGAGUCAUCGCUGUAUUUUGAGAGGGAUCUCCAUGGCUGGACUUGGCCAGGGUCUUGUACACAAACCAUGGACUCAAUUCAGAGGUACCAAUCUCUGUAAAAAUCGCUUUGAAUGCCUCAAAACCUUUGUUUUCUUGGCGCUGCUUUCCUGGUAAACGUCAAACCGAAGUACAGGUUUAAGGCCAGGGCAGCUUAAAUGAUUCUAGAAACCAGCCAAAUGUCAGCAGCGUCAAGGUUCGCGAAUUUAUUGAAAAGAUUAGAGCAAAGGUUUUUGGGUGUUUGUGGAUCCGACAAGGACGUCCACGGAUCCCCUCCAUCUCUUUUCGUUUGCUUUCUGGGCGUCCUUGUAGCAUUCCAGAGCUCCUGAUUGACGAGAAAUAACUCGCUCAGAUGCAAAAAAUGUCGAGAACGAUCCCCCCCUCCGCCCCAGCGCAAGUUUUCAACGGAGUUCGACAGUUCGUCCACAGGUUAGCUGGGUGGGCGGUGCCACGCGGCAAAACUUUUAAAUUCAAAUCGGUAGAAUAUUCCUGUCAAAUCAACGUCAGAGCUGGGCUUGACCGGGAUCCUACGGCCCUUGGUUAAAUCGGACAUGGCUCUUUUUCACGCGCUGCGCGCUGAAUUGACAAAACUGGAUCGCGGAAGCUCCCCCAAGACCACGUAGAAGAAGAAAACAACGAUUAGAUUUACUAGACCGCGCACGCACAAAAAUUUGGUGCUAAUUUCCACUGUGCUGGAAUGGUCAAUGAGCCGCCGGUUUGAAACGAUCGAGAGCUGCGAGAAAAGCCCGCUUUGGGAUUUAUAGCUCGCGCUCCGUGGAGGACUUUGGACGACGACUCUAGGUACCAGCAGCGCGGCAGAAAAUCGCGGUCGUUCAUCAAUAGGCGUUCGCUUCCUCCUUACCGAUCGAAACCCGAGACCGGCCGGAAUUGCACGACCCGGGAACGAAAAAUGUGCUGCAAUUGGGGACGAUCCAAGCUUGAUCAGCUUGCUUCAUGGACAGGUGUAGUGGGUUUCAGGCAAUUCUUGAGAAUUCGGUCUCCUUGGGUAGGAAUUCGGGUCGCAAGAACAGAGCUUUAGCGAAGAAAUGGGGUCUGGUAUGUCGAUUUCUCGUCGUCUCGCUGCUAAUCCCUGCCGCGCGCUCAUUGGGUUCAAUGUCGGGGAUCGCUCCCACGUACCCAGAAGCUCGGAUUUGCGGGAUUGUCCCCGGAUUGGCUGGAUCGAUCAUCAGCUGCGCGGGCAGCAAUAACAGCGCCAGCCCCCCACUCAGCUAUGGCGACGCUUCCUUCGUUGGUAUCUCGGGCGGGAAUGGAUUCUUCUGCGCGCUCAGGGAGUGGACGCGGCAGCCCUUUUGCUGGGAUUCCAUGAAUUUCAGCUCGCGCAGCCGCCUCUCGAGCGCGAGCUACUCCCAGAUCGCGGUGGGCGAUUCCCACGUCUGCGGCAUUCGAUCGAUCGAUGGCGGCGUGGAUUGCUGGCGAGGGAUCGGCAUGGCGGCACCGACUAAUCUAGCAAAUCUCACCAGCAUCACCAGCGGCUCGAAUUUCAGCUGUGGCAUCGUCGCGUCAAACGGGAGCGUCGUGUGUUGGGGCGACGAAUCGAUCCAACGGCGCUUCCAGCCAUCGCAGGGCUCAUUCUCGUCCGUACAGGCGGGCGGCCAACACGCCUGUGGCCUAUACUCGUCCUUUGGGACCGUGUCGUACUGCUGGGGCGAUAACACGUACGGGCAGCUGGAUUUCCCUCCCAGUGUGGAGUUCUUCGCGUUUGCGUUAGGGCAGAGGCAUUCUUGCGGGUUGGAUCGAUCGACGCGCCAGGCGCUCUGCUGGGGCGACAAUUCCACCUCGCAGCUCGCGGCGCCAGCAGGAGUGAGGUUUGAUUCCAUCGCCGCGGGGGAUUUCUACACUUGCGGCGUGAGGAGCGGCGAUCUUGGGGUAACUUGCUGGGGCAGCGUCUCGAUCGGGUUGAGCCAAUCGCUGCCAGGAUCGUGUAGCAGUGGGCAAUGCGCGGCGGAAUCGUACGCGCUGGUGAAUGUCACAGGGAAUUCCAGCGUCUGCGGUGGAUUCAAUCACGUCUGCGUGUCGUGCACCAGAUGCCCGGAAGGGGCAAUCGAGGAGGUCCCUUGCGGGAUCACUGGCGGGGACAGGCAAUGCAGCUUAUCACCGCCACCUCCACCGCUAGCUCCUCCACCUCCUCCUCCUGGAAGAUCUCGGCGGCGGAGGCUAUCGAACGUGGAGAUCGUGAGCGUGGUGCUGGGAUCGACAGGGAUGCUACUCGGCCUCGUUGCGAUCGCGUUCUGUUCUUGGUCGAGGCUCCGCAAGCGCUCGGAGUCCGGAAGGAUCCAUCACUCCGUGAAUGCCAACAAUGGAUCGGUGACGAUCUCCCAGCAGCAGCAAUUGCGACGGCAGCGCAGUGGAGCAUCGUACGUGACCGGGAGCCGGAGGAGCCUGGGCCGAGCUGAAACAUUCACGCUGGAAGAGCUCGCGGCCGCCACCGACAACUUCAGCGAUGACAAUCGCAUCGGCACUGGCAGCUUUGGCACCGUCUACCGGGGUGUUCUUCCGGACGGGCGCGAGGUGGCGAUCAAGCGCGGCGGGGUUGGAUCGUCGGGCAUGGACGCCAUCGCCAAGAAGAAGUUCCAGGACAAGGAAUCGGCUUUCCAGAGCGAGCUCGAGUUCCUCACCAGGCUCCACCACCGGCACCUGGUGACGCUGGUGGGAUUCUGUGCCGAGGACGACGAGCGAUUGCUCGUCUACGAUUUCAUGCCGAAUGGAACCGUCCACGAUCACCUCCACGGGCGAAAGGAGGAAGAACACCAGGAACGGCAAGAGGGUGGAGAGAUCGUCCCACAGCAGCAAGAGAGGAUCUUCGCGAUCAAUCUAAACUCGUGGCAAAUGCGAAUCGGGAUCGCCCUCCAGGCCGCCAGGGGGAUCGAGUACCUCCACACGUACGCGGUUCCUCCGAUCAUCCACAGGGACAUCAAGUCGAGCAACAUCCUCAUCGACGCCGAGUGCUCGGCCAGGGUCUCGGACUUUGGCCUCUCGCUCAUGGGUCCGAGCGAUGGCGAGUCCCAUCUCUCUCUCACCGCCGCCGGCACCGUGGGCUACAUGGAUCCCGAGUACUACAGGCUCCAGCAGCUCACCACCAAGAGCGACGUCUACAGCUUCGGCGUGGUGCUGCUCGAGAUCCUCACCGGCAAGCGCGCGAUCAUCGUGGAGAACCGGCUCAAGCUCCGCCAGAAUCCACAGCUGCCUGUCAAUGUGGUGGAUUUCGCGGUGCCAUUCAUCCUGGCGGGGCAAGUGAUCUCAAUCCUGGAUCCGAGGAUUGGAGUUCCCGAGGAGGCGGACGAGAUGGAGGCGGUGUUGAUCGUGGCGGAGCUCGCGGAGGAGUGCGUCCGGCUCGAGGGGAAGGAGCGGCCGAGCAUGGGCGAGAUUGUGAGCCGAUUGGAGAGCGCUGUCGCGGUGUUGAAUCGCAGCGAGAGGAGGAGGAAGAAGCAGCAGGAGCUGAGAAGCUCGAGCAAUUCUUCGUCUAGCGGCCAGCUCUAGCUAGUUCGUGAAUUUUUUUAUUCCUUCGCUUUUAUGGGGAUAUUCUUUUCUUGCCCGCGCCAGAUUUUAAAAUUUUAAAUUGCAGCCGUUGGAUAGAUCCUG